CAAAGAUCGCAAUCAAAUCACACCCAUCGCAACAGCCACCACCGGCAUGUGGACGCCAGCCGUGAUAUCUGUGCUCGCUCUACUUCCUUUUUGCGCACCAUCAUCGACAAGCUUCGAAGCAAGCAGUCCCGCUCCACCUCAAUUCCCCCUUCAGUUUGAAGCCGACUUGGAGAUCACAGCGCAUUUGCUCGAUGCCACCGUCGCAUAUCCACCGUCGUUGCGCAAAAUGAAGAUCCGCUACGACUACACACAAGGGCUUGCACGGGCAGACAUUCUAGCUGGCUACGACAAGGGCAAAUCGUACAUUCGUCGAUAUGACACGGCGUUACGUAGAAGCAAGAGUACAAGGUCAAGUACGGCAAAUACGCCAACUGCGAACGCGCCUACCUUGGCGAAACCAUGCCACGACCGGAACUACCUCAAGAGUUGGUGUACAAGGGAAACGAGAACGUUUUGGGCCAAGAGUGUGAGCUGUGGACAUACAGCAUCCCUCACACGGUGCUUCGCGUCAAUGUGUACAACAGCAUCGAAAGCCACGCGCCGAUUCGAUUGACCCAAGAAAGCGAAACGGACGGUGGCGACUGGGCACCCAUCAUAACGUACGACCUGGUCAACGUCAAACUCGAGCCUCAGAACCCCACGUCGUUUGACAUUCCCGGUGGCUACACCCACGAUACAUGCACGAGGAGUGUCGUGGGGUUUCCGUACAUCCACAUCUUCGAUCACUAUGCUCGGUUCUAGGACUCUAACUUUGUCCUGACAAGUCAAGUGAUACCUAAGCAGCUGUCUUGUGUGAAUGCCAAUGUGUGUAUUAUUGUUAACGUUAUGGGCGAUAUAUCGAGGUGGAGCAUUGUAGUCCGCAGAGUAACAAGCUACAGUACAGUUGAUGCAUGCAUCCCCUCGUCACCUUG